AUGGUCAAACACCUCCCCUCCCCUCGAGUUACAGAAGUCUCAAGCGACGGCGAAGACUUCUUGGACGAGACCUCGCCGCUUCUCCCAAUUCCCUCUGCAGGAAGGCCCAAUAACACUAGCCGCGAUGCGGAUCACAUCGAUCCAAAUGCAUAUUAUCUCUUGCCGGCCUUGGCCAUUGGCGUUUUCAUGGGAGCUGCUGAUCAGACCAUCAUAAUCUCGAGCUACGGACAGAUUGGCAGCGAACUGAAUGCUCUACAUAAGACGAACUGGCUUGCCACGGCCUACUUGCUCCCUCUGUCCUCUUUACAGCUUCUGUACGGUACCCUUUCAACCUCCUUUGGGACGAAGCCACUCUUCCUCUUCGCCUAUUUCGCCUUCGGCCUCGGCUGCCUUCUCUGCGGUGUAGCUCAAUCCAUGAACCAGUUGAUCGUAGCGCGAGCCAUUACCGGCAUUGCAGGAGGUUUCAACACGCUAGCGAGCAUCGUCCUGAGUGAGAAUAUUCCUCUGCGGAAACGAGGGAUGUGGCAAGCGUGGAGAAACCUCAUCUUCGCCGUUGGGUUAGGUGCAGGCAGCUGUGGAGGUUGGAUUACGGACACUAUAGGCUGGAGAUGGUCCUUCAUCCUUCAAGUCCCACUCGUGCUGGUUGGAUUCCUCAAUGUCUGCUUCUCCUUUCCCUUCACUGUCGACUUCCAAAAGACACCCCUCCGUUGCAAACUCAAGCGCGUUGAUUUUGCAGGUGCACUGCUCAUCAUCGCUGCCGUUGCCGCUACUCUGUUCGGUUUCGACAACGGGUCAAAUGAAUCCUGGUCCGCUCCAAUGACCUUGGGCUGUUUAGUGGCGUCUUUUCUGCUCUUCGUCGCAUUCUUCUAUGUCGAAGCCAGAAUAGCAGUCGAACCCUUUGCUCCGACAAGCGUUCUUUAUGAUCGUACACUCGCAGCCUGCUUGAUCAGUAACUUUUUUGCCUACGGUGCCUGGUUUGGCGUUCUCUAUUAUUUGCCCCUGCUUUGGCAAGCGGUGGAGAUGCUCAGUGCCAGUCAGGCAAGCAUUCGACUGCUCCCAGGCGUGGUGACUGGAGUGUUUGGUAGUCUCUUAGCAGGCCUGGUCAUCCAGCGAAGUGGCCGCUACUAUGCGCUCACCAUCAUCGCUUACUCUACCAUGACUCUCUCUAGCAUUCUACUCUUUAUAUUCACAGGCGUGAGCAUGUCAAAUGUCAUCGGUACCUUGGUCGGCUACGUGCUCUGCAGCUUCACGCUGAACAUUGGGAGUACAAGCACGUUGAUUGCAUUGAGUAAGCUCGUCUGCUCAUCUAUUUUCCAUCAUCAUCCUGUCAUCUUCUACCCCGUCCGCUUUCUCUGUCUUACUAGCACAGAAGACAAUUUUGCUAAUGAUGAUCAAAUAGUGGCAUCGUCACCAGGAGAGGAUCAGAAUCCAGCUAUCUCCUGUCUUCACCUUUUCCGCUCGCUAGGUGCUGAAUUUGGCCUUGCAAUCUGCGGUGCGGUUCUACAAUGCACGCUGCAAUUUUCUAUCAGCCAGAAUAUCUUUAAUGAUGACGGUACGCUCGGAGAUCCCGAGUUCUUGCAAGAGAUUGCAGACCAAGUCCGUAGGUCCUUGACCGUCCUUAAUGACCUAGAUCCGAGGACUGCAAAGGCGGUGAGAGUCUGCUAUGGUCUGGCGGUUCGAUGGUGCUUUGUCGUCUGCACCAUCUUCUUUGCAGGGGCGCUCGCUGCCGCCGCUACUAUACGAGAGAAAUGCAUUGGUGAGAGUGAAGCAACGGACGAAUUUCGCGAUUCUGAUUGUCAUUCUGGGGGCGUAGGAUGUAACAACAGAUCAGCCUAA